CAAAGAGGAGGGCAAAGAGACAUACUCGUGGGCCGCAGGGUCGCUGCCGUUUCGACGCAUUCGUCGGAGACGGCCGGGCAGCCUGGCGUCGCGCGCAGUCGAGUCAUGAGGCAGCCCGCGCCACAACGAAGGACAUGGCUCCUCCUAGCAGUCCUGCUGCGGCCGACGACCACCCAGCGGCUUCGUGGGGGCAAGGAUGACGGGCGACGGCUCGGGCACGCCAACUGGCACAAGACCCCGACGCCGCAGCCGACGGGCCCGAGCCCGUCGCCGACGACGUGGCAGCAACUCGCGCUCGUGAGGAUGCCCUCGCCGCGCCCGACGAGCUACCCCACGCCGGUCCCGACGCCGGGCCCCUCGAUGACGCCCGGGCCCUCGCCGUUCCCGACGUCCCCGCCCUCGCCCUCGCCGACCCUCGCGCCCGUCGCCGCGCCCAUCGUCUUCACCGAGGCGCAGCUCCGAACCGCCCUGCUGGACGACGGCUUCGACGCGGACCUCAACGCGACGAUCGCGCUCACCUCCACCCUCGUCCUCACCGACAGCUCGCAGGAGCUCAAGUCCAACGACGGGACCGGCAAAUUAAUCGGAGACGGCACGUUCCGAUUGAUAGACAUCACGGGGACCCCUCCUUCUUCCCGAAGACGCCUCGGCCUCGACGAGGCCACGGUGUCGUCGGAGGUGCGGCUCAAGCACCUUGAGUUAAUCUUGGGCGCCGAGGACGACGACUAUGGCGGCGCCAUCCGCGUCAGCUGGCCCGCCUCGCUCUACGCCCACGACGUGACCUUCACGGCGAACAGCGCGACGCGCGGCGGCGCGGUCUACGUGCACGCGACGUUCGCGCGGCUGGACCACUGUCUUUUCAGGAGGAACAACGCGUCGGAGGUGGGCGGCGUCGCGUACGUCAACGGAACACGAGGUCCCCGCCCGCACGACCAUAUUGUCAACGGAACGACACUUUACCACAUAAAUAUUGGGGGCAGCCACGCGCCGCGCGCCGCGGGCGCGCGGCUCAAGGUCACGCACGGCACGCUCUCGGAGAAUCGAGCCCGGGCGGGCGCGGCCUUCGCGGCCUUCUACGCGCACCUCGAGAUCAAGCACACGCGCGCGUUCUUCGAGCCGACGUGGGACUUUCCGUUCGGCGACCAGGAAGUGCAUCUGAUGGAGAACGGCACGGGCUACGGCUGCCACAACGAGCCCCACUUCAAUUUUACCGGAAAUAAAGUUGGAUGGGAGCGCUGCUGGGACUCGAGCGACGAGGCGUCGAUGCUCCUGUACCAGCUGGCCAUCUUCUGCAUGGUCGUCAUCGCGGGCGUCGCGGCGGGCGGCUGCGUGAUCGGCAGCAUCCGGCUGACGUACGGCUACCUCUUCCAGCACUGGAAGUGCCCGGACCUGGGGGCGCUGGGAGGUCGAUUGUGGUACGACGAUCAUAGAGGAGAGUGCUACUGUGGGGUCUUCUUCGCGACGUGCUUUUCGGCCAUCGCGCUGGUCUUCGCUUUUUUGGCUUCCGGCGAGGACCCGACUUUAGUAGAGGCGUUCGGCUACGCGCGGCUCGACACCACGGACCCGUCGACCUACCUCAUCAUCGGGCUGAACGGUUUUGUCGUCGUCGCCGACGAGAUCGGCGAGGACGACACGGUCGCGGACGAGGCGCUGGACGGCAACAAAGUUUAUGUACCCUUCGGGAAAUCUUUCGGCGACGACGACGCCGCGGGUUCGGACUACGACUGGACGGGCAUGUGCGCGACGGCGGGCGAGCAGGCCUACGGCGCGCUCUACCCCAUUUUGUUCGUCAAGCUCGCGGCGGCCUUCAUCGUCUAUCGACGGGUCGACACGGAAAAAGACUCGUGGUACUGGAAGUUCGCGGGCGUCGGCGUCGAGUGUCUGGCGACGGUUUUAGUCUUGAACAUGCUCGUCUACUUCUCCUUCGACUGCCUCAUGCAGCUGCCGACGGGGGCCUUCUUCGUGCCGGCCUCUGAUGAUACGGAGGCGGCCUACGCGUACGCCGACGACGACCCGGGGACGUCGUACGCCGUCGACGCGGCGUACCCCUACACGUCCUUCAUCUUCACGAUCGUGUCGGGGCUGUGCUCGCUCUUCGUCGCGUACGUCCACUGGCGGACGCCGACGUGGAACUCGGAGAUGGUGGAGAAGCUGUACUAGUAUAAAUCUUCUUGCCAAUUUGCGCCCCGUCGCGGGACUUGUCGCGGGACUCGCGGCCUUGGGAUUCCGGCG